GUGAGGAGCGCAGGGAGGGGAGGGUCCAACGGCUGCGCGCAGGGGUCGAGGGGCGAGCGGAUACCAGCUUCGGCGCCGAGCCCAACGCGGCGGGGGCUGGACAGGUGUGCGGGCGGGGGGCGGUGCUUGGGGAUCCUGCGCACUGCGCGCGCCCCUCCCCCACGCGCGGCCCCGGCCCAGCGCGAGCGUGACCGAGAGCUGCGGCGGCCGCAGCCCCUCAGGCUGGUGGGCGACGCCGCGAGAACCUGCGGACCGCGCGGGCUGUUGGUCCCCUCAGGCAGGAGGCGCGGGCAGCCGCGGGGCCAUGGAGCCUGGUGGCGCGGCGAGGGUUGCCCCACAGUGGGCGGCCCGGGCGCUGCCACAGCGGCUGCUGCUGUUGCAGUUGCUGCCGCUGCUGUUGAGUCGGGGGCUGCGUGUCGCGGCCGCGGCCUCCUCCUCAGGGGCGGUGGCCGAGGACAGCAGCGCCAUGGAGGAGCUCGCCACUGAGAAGGAGGCUGAGGAGAGCCACCGUCAAGACAGCGUGAGCCUGCUCACUUUCAUCCUGCUGCUCACGCUCACCAUCCUCACCAUCUGGCUCUUCAAGCACCGCCGGGUGCGCUUCCUGCAUGAGACCGGGCUGGCCAUGAUCUACGGACUCAUUGUCGGGGUGAUCCUGAGGUAUGGCACCCCUGCCACCAGUGGUCAUGACAAGCCCCUCAGCUGCACCCAAGAAGACAGGGUCUUCAACACCUUAUUAGUGAAUGUCAGUGGGAAGUUCUUCGAGUACACCCUCAAAGGAGAAAUCAGCCCUGGCAAGAUCAACAGUGUAGAGCAGAAUGAUAUGCUGAGGAAGGUAACAUUUGAUCCAGAGGUUUUUUUCAAUAUUCUGCUGCCUCCAAUUAUUUUCCAUGCUGGAUACAGUUUAAAGAAGAGACACUUUUUCAGAAAUCUGGGGUCUAUUCUGGCUUAUGCUUUCUUAGGGACUGCUGUUUCCUGCUUCAUUAUUGGAAAUCUCAUGUAUGGUGUGGUGAAGCUCAUGAAGAUUGUGGGGCAGCUCUCGGAUAAAUUUUACUACACAGAUUGUCUCUUUUUUGGAGCAAUUAUCUCUGCCACUGACCCAGUGACUGUACUGGCGAUAUUUAAUGAACUGCAUGCAGAUGUGGACCUUUAUGCACUUCUGUUUGGAGAAAGUGUCCUAAAUGAUGCUGUUGCCAUUGUACUGUCCUCGUCUAUUGUUGCCUACCAGCCAGCAGUGCUGAACACUCAUGCCUUUGAUGCUGCUGCCUUUUUUAAGUCAGUUGGCAUUUUCCUAGGUAUAUUUAGUGGCUCUUUCACCAUGGGAGCUGUGACUGGUGUGGUGACUGCUCUAGUGACCAAGUUCACUAAGCUACACUGCUUCCCCCUGCUGGAGACGGCACUCUUCUUCCUGAUGUCCUGGAGCACAUUCCUCUUGGCAGAAGCCUGUGGGUUUACAGGUGUUGUGGCUGUCCUUUUCUGUGGAAUCACACAGGCUCAUUACACCUACAACAAUCUGUCAGUGGAAUCGAGAAGUCAAACGAAGCAGCUCUUUGAGGUGUUACACUUCCUGGCAGAGAACUUCAUCUUCUCCUACAUGGGCCUGGCGCUGUUUACCUUCCAGAAGCACGUUUUCAGCCCCAUUUUCAUUAUUGGAGCUUUUGUUGCCAUCUUCCUGGGCAGAGCUGCACAUAUCUACCCACUCUCCUUCUUCCUCAACUUGGGCAGAAGACAUAAGAUUGGCUGGAAUUUUCAACACAUGAUGAUGUUUUCAGGCCUCAGGGGAGCAAUGGCAUUUGCACUGGCCAUCCGAGACACGGCAUCCUACGCUCGCCAGAUGAUGUUCACAACCACCCUCCUCAUUGUCUUCUUCACUGUCUGGAUCAUUGGUGGAGGCACAACGCCUAUGCUGUCAUGGCUUAAUAUAAGAGUUGGAGUCGGGGAGCCCUCUGAAGAGGACCUGAACGAACACCGCUGGCUGUACUUCAGAGUUGGUGUUGAUCCAGAUCAAGACCCACCACCCAACAAUGACAGCUUUCAAGUCUUACAAGGGGACGGUCCAGAUUCUGCCAGAGGAAACCGGACAAAGCAGGAGAGUGCGUGGCUAUUCAGGCUGUGGUACAGCUUUGACCACAAUUACUUGAAGCCCAUCCUCACGCACAGUGGUCCCCCCUUAACUUCCACUCUCCCAGCCUGGUGUGGCUUGCUCGCUCGCUGUCUGACCAGUCCUCAGGUGUACGAUAACCAAGAGCCGCUGAGAGAGGAAGACUCAGAUUUCAUCCUGACUGAGGGUGACCUCACCUUGACCUAUGGGGACGGCACAGUGACUGCAAACGGCUCCUCAGGCUCCCACACGGCCUCCACGAGCCUCGAGGGUGGUCGCAGAACAAAGAGCAGCUCUGAGGAGGUGCUGGACCGAGACCUGGGAAUGGGAGACCAGGUUUCAAGAUGGGGCACCCGCCUUGAGCUCCCCCUGGAAGACAAUAUGUGACUUUGCCCCCCGACCUGAAGUGAUGGGGCAGGCCCAGGGGGCAGUAGGGGUGGCCACAAGCCCCUAUACUUGCCAUGGGGCACUGAGUGGAAUGAACAUUUCUGUUUAUGGAGGUCUGAGGGUAUCUUAAUAUUUAAAAUUUCACCCAGGAUGCAGAUGGUGGGGCUGAAGUGUCUCUAAAUCAAGACAAAUGCAGACCCAUUCCCACUUUUUCAUGUAGUAUAGUAGUGGCUGUCCAGAGUUAACAAAAAAAUAGCAUGCUUUAAUGGUCUCUUAAUUCACUCACCUGCAGUGUCUUAACAAGGUGUGGCAGGUACUGGGGAUUCCUCCCAGGAGAGGCUUCUGGGCCCUCCCGUGAAGGAAGGCCACUGCGAUCAGACUGCCAAGGAUUAUGGGAAGCUGGUGUUCAAUGGACAGCAAACAUGAAAAAGCCGUGAGAGCGGAGGCUCUGUCAAUGAGGGCCGCGUCACGGCAGCCUUGUAUCAGGAUUCCUGAUCUUUUUUGCUACCUGUAUUUCCUCUAGACUAAAGAAUGGAAAAUAUAUCCAUGAACAUUUCAACAUGGGGGAAAGAAUGAUAAUAACCAUCUCUGGAAGUUUCCAUGAAGAAGUUACUGAAAUGUUUAAAACCAAAGGCAAAAUAGUGUUACACUGUUGUUUAUUAAUCUAAGGACAGGAAAAACUUUAGAAACUGAGGAUGAGAUCACUGCGAAAAUCAGUUCUUGGAGGCCACCAUAUGAGCUGAUGCCUGGGAGUGAUUAAUAGGGCUGAGCUAUGUACUGUGCAUUUAGAAAUAACACCAAAAAUUGUGGGAUGCUUUUACUGGGGAAGGGAAGGCAACAAGAAGCCUAAGAGACAAUAGGCUAGUAUUCAGAGGGACUCACUGUAAAAAAAUUAACCACAAAGAAAAUACAAGAGUGAAUUCUAAAGACUGAAUAGAAUUCCAGACUUUGAGCUAACAAGUGCAUGAGAUUUCCAUGGCUACAUGAGGAAUCAGGCAAAUCAAUGGAAAGUCAAGCAUUAUCUAACCCAGUGGAAGAUUCUAGCUACUAUGAAAUUAAGAAUCCAGAUGAAUUGACACUGAGUUUCACUUAGAGAAGGGUCAUUUUCUUGGUAUCGGGGAGGCUUAUACCAGCUUAAUGUGUGAGUGUGGUUUGAAAUUUAGGUUUUUGGUUUGGGUUCUUUGUGGGUGAGCUGUUCUACCUGCUCACACUUAGGUCAAAUACUGAGAGAAGUCCUGGAAACCAAGUUUGCCAAUUCUCCCUAUGUCUCUAUGCUUCAGUGCUAGUAUAUUUGAAAACCCAAUUUCUUAAUAAAUGCUUUCAUAAGA